AUGGCCGAAGUGCUGCAGCGACAGGGCUCUCCCUUCCACGGCCCAAUUCGCUCGACCUCGAGCACCUCACUCGCCUACGACUCGUACACGGCCCUCCGCAAGAACCCAUAUUCACUCUCCGAUCUGCGCUCGCCAUCGCUGACCUCUACCCGCACCCCGUCCCUGCACUCGACACCCUCCAGCAGCCUCUCCCUCGACACCCGCUCCGACGAGUCCAGCAGCGAGGACGAUGGCCUGUCCUUUCCAGACCACGGCUCUGCCCGCCAAUACAAGACACAAGCUCCUGCUCCUACUCUUGACAUGGACUCGCUGAAGCCCAUGGACGCUCUGCUCCUUCGGCCGGCCACGUUGCUGUCACCGCCACCUCCCUCGCCUUCCGACGCCUUCUCCUCUGACACCCCCCUGAGCACGCCCGAGCCACACGGUAUUUCAGAAGACGACACCGCCGUGCGCAAGGAGCCCUCACAUCACGUCGACUACCUGUCGUACAACUGGCGUGAAGAGGAUAUCUGGUCCUCUUGGCGGCACAUUGUCGAACACCGCAAAGUCUAUGGGGAGCGCUCACGGCUCGAAAAUGCUUCGUGGCGAACAUGGGCCAAGUCGCAGUUUAAGCUCAGGACCGUCUCGCCUGAAACUCUGAAUUGGCUAAAAGACGUCGACGUGACUUGGCUCUAUGGGCCCAUGCAGCCCGCCUCCAACCGGUUUUGCUCGCAACAGAGCUCUGAGCCAGCCAGCCAGCUGUCCAAGCGCGGGUCCUUUGUCAAUGGCGUCAAGAAGCCAAUUCUCAAGAAGCGCAGCAUGUCGGAAGCCAUGCUGCAGAAGUCGCUGUCAACGUCGUCAUUGCUGCAGCAGGCCGCCGACUCGGUUCAGGCACAACAGGCGACAGGUGCGACAUGGGAGCUGCGCAGACCUCGGCCCAUCAUCGGCCGGCCGACCCCGGACUUUUCCACCUCUUCCACCCUGUCUCGAGGAUUGACCUGGGAAGGGACCGAUUACUUCACCUCCAAGUCGACAUCAGGACUCCAGACGCCUGAUUUGGGCGAGAAGAAGCAUAUACGCUUCGAUGACAAGGUAGAGCAGUGCAUUGCAGUAGAAUGCAAAGAUGCAGAUGACGACGAGGAUGGUGACUACAACCACAACCCCUGGGCCAAGUAUCAAGAAGAGGACUCGUCUUCGGACGAGGGUGUAGUCAUGAUGAAGCGGUCGCGCAAGAAGCGGCCCCUUUCACGCACGGUCUCGACCACGAGCAUCAGCAACGACAACAAAACCAUUGCCAGGCUUCCGUCGACCACGUUGAAGUCGAGAACAGAUUCUCCCGAUGUUACGGAACAGCAGUCUCAUUCACUUGGUUUCUGGCAACCACGUGGUGGCCUAUCGCCGUCGCCGUCAUCAGAGACACUGAAGCCGUCGAAUUCAUCAAGGAAUUUCUUGCUUGCUGAGGAUGAUGAAGAAGAAGAAGAAGAAGAAGAAGAAGAAGAAGAGGGCGAGGGCGACGACUACUUUGAGCCUGGUAGCGCGUAUGGUGGGAGUUCAAAGCGGCCUCCGACUCCGACGAGCUCGGAUCCGUACGGACUGCGACGAAAGAAAGCGUCUUCAUCCGAAUCUGGAGGACUGCGACGGACGGCAUCGGGCAUGUUUAUGCCAUUUGAAGACAACGAAGAAGACGCCUUGCCGCCGACCUUUAUCGGUCGAGUAGUGGACACGGUGAACACGGCGCGGGACAUUGGACAUGUCAUUUGGAAUGCAGCAUGGAGCAAUUAG